AUGGCUUUCAUUUUCAAGAACCUCUCUUUAUCAUCCUCCGUAUUCUUCUACGCCAUCCCCCUCAUAUUGUCUUAUCUCUUCAUGGUUUCCCACUCCCAGUACUUGACCAAUCCGACGCCGUUCUCUUCCAUUAAUGCUACUACCAGUAACGUCUCCGCCGGGGGGCAGUGGGUUCUUCUCCACAAAAGCAUCGGAGUCUCGGCAAUGCACAUGCAACUCCUCAAGAACGACAAAGUCAUCCUCUUCGACCGUACGGACAUGGGCCCCUCCAACUUCUCCUUCCCCUCCGGCACCGGCUGCCGCAAGUACAACGACACCCACCACCGCAACAGAACCAUCACAGACUGCACCGCCCACUCCCUCCAAUACGACAUCAUUUCCGGUAAUAUCCGCCCCCUCUACGUCAGCUCCGACACGUGGUGCUCCUCUGGGGCAUUGGACCCCAACGGCACCCUCAUUCAGACCGGCGGGUACGGCUCGGGUAUCCGAAAAAUCCGCACAGUCGCCCCUUGCGACGACGGAAAAUGCGAGUGGACCGAGCUCCCGGUCAACCUCGCCGACGGCCGCUGGUACGCCUCCACCCAAAUCUUGCCCGACGGACUCGUCAUCGUCGUCGGAGGGCGGAGAGCUUUCUCCUACGAGUUCUACCCCAAGACGGACGACGUGUCGUCCAAGAGAUACUACCUCAGCUUCUUGGCAGAGACCACCGACCCUUACGAGGAGAAUAAUCUUUAUCCCUUCUUGCAUCUCUUGCCGGACGGCAGCCUCUUCAUCUUCGCCAAUAACCGGUCAAUCUUGCUUGACUAUAAACAGAACCGGGUCGUCAAGGAGUUACCGGUUAUACCCGAUGGCAUCAAGCGGACCUACCCCAGCACCGGGUCCUCGGUGCUCCUCCCGCUAAAAAUGAAAAGGUCUUUAGACGGGUCGGAUAAACCCGAAGCCGAGGUACUGAUAUGCGGCGGGUCGCCGCCCGGUGCGUUUAACAUGUCGAAUUUGAACCGAGUCUUCGUCAGUGCCUCCAACAGCUGCGGUCGGAUCAAGUUAACCGACCCGAAUCCGAAAUGGGUCAUGGAGGAAAUGCCCAUGCCACGUGUCAUGUCCGACAUGCUUCUCCUUCCCACGGGCGACGUCAUCAUCCUCAACGGAGCGUCAAACGGAACGGCAGGGUGGGAAGACGCGGCGAACCCGGUCUUCAACCCGGUUUUGUACAAAACCUACGAGCCCGACCCGAAUCUCAGAUUCGUUGUGCUCAACCCGUCCAGCACUCCCAGAAUGUAUCACUCGUCCGCUUUGCUUUUGCCGGAUGGCAGAAUCCUAGUGGGCGGGAGCAACCCGCACGAGGUGUACAAUUUCACGGCGAGACCCUUCCCAACCGACCUCAGCUUGGAGGCCUAUCAGCCGCCGUACCUGGGCCCGCUCUUGGCCACAUUGCGUCCUUCGAUCUUGACCAUCGAAGCGAGGGACAGCAUCGUAUCGUACGGUCAGAUGUUUUCUGUUACGUUUAUGUUAUCCGUGUACCGGGCCGAUCCCGGGAUUUCAGUGGUCCUCAUAACGCCGUCGUUUACGACUCACUCCUUCUCCAUGAAUCAGAGGAUGGUGGUUUUGGACGUGGCGCGCUUGGAGAACUUGUCCGCGUUUGCUUACAAGAUUGCUGCGUAUGGCCCACCGAAGACCACGGUGGCCCCACCUGGAUACUACAUGCUUUUUCUUGUCCACGCUGGCACUCCCAGCCACGCUGUGUGGGUGAGGGUGCAGUAA